AUGUCUAGCAACCAAGCAGUCUUAAGCGGCAUCCUCGAGGCCGGAAAAUUCAUCAAGGUUAUCCAAAGAGCCUUCCCAGUCAUUGAUGAUGAUCAAAUUCUUGUCAAGGCCGUUGCCUUCGCAGCUAACCCGACCGACUGGAAGCACGCUGUUUACCAAAUAGGUCAUGAGGGUGACAUUGCUGGAUCCGAUGCUAGUGGUAUAGUCGAGCAGGUCGGUAAGAACGUCAAGGGUUUUGAGGUGGGUGACAUUGUCUCUUCCUUCAUGCAUGGCAAUUACUCGACUACAAGAGGUGCCUUCUCUGAAUAUUUUAUCGCUGACCCUGUCACCACCAUCAAGUACGACAAAUCCCAAAUUAAGGACACCGAGUUGCCUGUUGGUGUCACUCCAAGCAGCACCAUCAACAGCUUUGAAGGUGCUGCGUCUCUUACCUUAAGUAUGACCACAGUUGCCUUAACCUUUUCUGACACUUUCAAGGUCUCGUAUGACAAGUCCAAGAACGCCAAUAAGUCGGUAUUGAUCUGGGGUGGUGCUACCUCUACCGGUAUCAUUGCCAUUCAAGUUGCCAAGGAGGUUUAUGGCCUAAAUGUCAUCACAACCGCCUCGAAGAAGAACCACGAGUUCUUGGCCAGUUUGGGUGCCGAUCAGAUCUUGGACUACAACAACAGCAAUGUCAUUGAGGAUGUCAAGAAGGCUGCCAAUGGCAGCAUUGCUUAUGCCUACGACACUGUUUCUAACGAGGAAACAUUCCAGCAAACUUACGAUGCCACUGAAGGUUCUCCAGAAGUUAUUCUCGAAAACUUGAUGAACUUGAGUGAGGACAUUCUCAAGACUGAUAGCUCAAGAAAGGUGACCUUCAACAAGCUUAUUGCCUAUACUGCUGAUGGUAGAACUCACCAUGUGUUUGGACAAGACUUUGUUGCUACACCAGAAAGUCUCAAGAAUUACAAUCAUUUCUGGAACACGAUUGUCCCAACCAUCAUCACUACGAUCAAAACUCCGCACUUGAAGGUCUUGGAAAGUGGUAUAGAGACGGCCAAUGAAGCAUUCACUUUGCUUUACGAAAACAAGGUCAGUGCCGAAAAAGUUGUGUUCAGAUCUUGA